CGCCUCACAGUCUUCUGCGCCGCCAUUUUGCAGUGACGAACGGUACAGCGCGCUGUGUAGGCUCUCUGAUAACGAUGUCGCGUGAUAGAUUCCGAAGCCGCGGUGGCAUGGGCGGCGGCGGAGGAGGAAUGGGAUUGAACAUUUACCGUCGGGGUAACGGUGGCCGUGGAGGUAUGGGUGGCAUGUCUAACUACCGCGGACAUAGCUAUAUGGACUCGAAUCGCGGCCCUUCAGGCCAUAACCACCACCAGCAGCAGCUGCAUAAACCCCAACAGAACCAGCUGAAGCCUCCACAGCAGCCGCAGCAGAAGCCAGCGCAGCCCCCGCAGCAGCAGAAGCCGCCCCAGCAGAACAACCAGGAGCAGAAACCGGCCGCUCAGGAGCCCGCCAAGACCCCCCAGACUCCGCCGACCCCAAUAGCCAAAAGCCCUGCGGCCAAGACUCCCGCCCCGCAGACUCCUGUAGCUUCUGCCCAGGCCAAACUAACGCCGUCCCCUCAGCAGAAGCCUGGCAGUGCGCCGCAACAGCCAUCGCCCGCCUUGCAGAAACCCGCUAUACAGAAUCAGGCCCAGAAGCCGCCGCCUAAAGUAACCCCUCCUCCCUCCCAGAACACGUCUCAACCACCCCAGCAGAAGCCUGUAACACCCCAGCAGCAGAAGCCUGCGCCAUUGCAGCAGCAGAAGCCUGUAACACCCCAACAGCAGCAGCAGAAGCCUGUAACGCCCCAGCAGCAGCAGAAGCCUGUAACGCCCCAGCAGCAGCAGAAGCCUGUAAUACCCCCACAACAGCAGAAGCCUGUUCUGCCCCAACAGCAGAAGCCUGCCCCGCUACAGCAGCAGCAGAAGCCUGCUCCCCCUCCUCCGCUGCAGCAGCAGAAUCAGGCGCAGCAGCAGCAAAGGGGGCGCUCCGGGCCUAACCCGCAGCCCGGCCAGAAGAGGCCGCACCAGUCCCGGUUCCACUCACAUCCACCGGAACAGCAGCAGACACCUGAGCUCAAAAAGGAGGAGAGCGACUGGACCGAGGGUGUUCGGGCCACUCUGUCCCUUCUGAAGAGGCCCGGAGAGAAGACUUACACCCAGCGCUGCAGGCUGUUUGUCGGGAAUCUGCCCACGGAUAUCUCCGAUGACGAGUUUAAGAAGCUGUUCUCGAAAUAUGGAGAGCCCGGCGAAGUGUUCAUCAAUAAGAACAAGGGCUUCGGCUUCAUUAAGCUGGAAACUAGGGCACUGGCUGAGAUUGCCAAGGCAGAACUUGAUGAUUUCCCAAUGAGAGGUAGACAACUCAGAGUACGAUUUGCUACCCAUUCUGCGGCACUUUCUGUGCGCAACUUGUCUCCAUUUGUAUCAAAUGAGCUCUUAGAAGAGGCCUUCAGCCAAUUUGGACCAGUUGAGAGGGCUGUGGUUAUAGUGGAUGACCGAGGGAGAUCCACUGGAAAGGGAAUAAUUGAAUUUGCUGCGAAACCAGCUGCGAGAAAAGCAUAUGACCGGUGUUCAGAUGGAGUGUUUCUUUUGACCACGACACCAAUGCCAGUUAUUGUGGAGCCAUUGGAACAGUAUGACGAUGAGGAUGGGCUUCCUGAGAAACUUGCUCAGAAGAAUCACAUGUAUCAAAAGGAGCGGGAGAUACCACCCCGGUUUGCACAACAUGGCUCCUUUGAGUAUGAAUAUUCCCAGAGGUGGAAGUCUUUGGAUGAUAUGGAGAAACAGCAAAGGCAGCAAGUGGAGAAAAACAUGAAGGAAGCUAAAGAGAAGCUUGAAAGUGAAAUGGAAGAUGCUUUCCAUGAACAUCAAGCCAACCUGCUUCGACAAGAUCUGUUGAGGCGUCAGGAAGAGCUUAGACGUAUGGAAGAACUACACAAUCAAGAAAUGCAAAAGCGUAAGGAGAUGCAGUUACGACAAGAAGAAGAGCGGCGGAGGCGUGAGGAAGAGAUGAUGAUUCGUCAGCGUGACAUGGAAGAGCAGAUGAGGCGCCAAAGAGAUGAUGGCUAUCGUAUGGGAUACAUGGAUCCAAGGGAGCGGGAGAUGCGUAUGGGAGCAAACUCUAUGGGCAUGGGAGAUCCCUAUGGUGCAGCAGCACAGAAGUACCCACCCCUUGGGGCAUCUGGUAUGGGUUAUGAAGGCAGCCCAGGUGUAACCCAAGCAGCAAUUGCUUCAUCCCUGAUGGCAGGCGAAAUGCGUAACGAUCGCUUUGCCCAGGGCAAUGCAGGAACUCCCACUGCACAGGCUUCCAGAGGGAUUGGGGCUGUACCUCCUGCAGCGGGUGCUGGAGGUUAUGGCAGGGGCAGAGAUGAAUAUGAAGGGCCAAGCAAAAAAGCCAGAUUCUAAAUAGAUUCCCUUAAGUCUAAUGUUAGUUUUUGUUUAAUAUAUUUUUUUUUAACUUGCAUUUUAGCGAGAAGGUAACAUUUUUAUGGAUGCCUUUGCUUGACCCAGUAUUUGUAAAGCCAGUUAAUAUAUGCAGAUUUGACUUGUGACAUUCUCAUUUGUUUUAUGACAGUUUGUGGAUUCCCUUAUCUCCUUUUUUAUAUAUUUUUAAACUGUGCUUGACCUAUACUGGAUGCUAUAUACACUCUUGGACAUUGCCAUUUACAUUUUUGACAGUUGACUGGGAUAACUGAUCUCAGGAGCUGUAAUUGUGGCUUGGUAAGACCACUGCAUGACUUGCCUUGCCUCUGCCACCCACUUGGACUGUAAAACCAGAUAGGCAGCCCUACACCAUACAUCUGUGCAGCACAAAUGCAGCUGGCUGUGGUUUCGUCAAGAUGGUGAUAUAAUUCUCAUCACUGGUUUAUCUGCCCAGUAUUUUGGGUAAAAGCUCUAACACUCAAAUCUUUAUGUAAUUGAGUAUUGUGACAAGUAGAAGCUCCAUGGAUUUUGUCCUUGUAAUUCGUUGUAUUAAAAAAACUUAAAAUAAAAAAUGUGGAAUGCUUAUUGUGUUGGGUUACCAUAUGGUCACUACUGAAAGGGAAACUAGCAGAGAACAGUAAUGUGGUGUAAUCAGAUUCUGACUUUCAAAGUAUCAAGAUUGUUUCUGGGAUAACUCCUUGUUGGUAGGCAGACCUGGAGAAAUCCUUAUGUAGCCGCCAACAAGAAACGUUUAUGGCAAUCCUUGCAAUGUACCUUACGACGCAUGAAACUUGAAAACUAUUUAAAACUUGUGCUUUUAUGACAGGGUAAAGCCAAGGCCCCUUUUUAACUUAUGAUAUUGGGUAGCAGAAGCCUUUGUAUGGACUGUACAACUGGCUCAUUUUUGUUUUAAGAUCCUUUGUGGAUUUUUUUUUUUCCUUCCCCCUUAAACUGUGAGGUAUACUCAUACAGUAUCAAUUGGGAUUAUUUUUUUCUCCCCUCUAGAAUAUAUUAUAAAUUUUCCUAGAACAGCUUGCAUAAUAAAAUUGCAUUGUGGUAAUACUUGAACAAUGUACAAGCUGUUUAGAUACUCUAUUAGAUUUCCAAGACUAGUUUGACAUUUGGCUUGCUUUUUAAUAAGGUUAUGAAAUAUUUUUAGACCUGUCUUUCUCGAAUUUUUUUGUAGUCUAUAAGCAAACUGGAGGAGCUGUCAUCCCUUCUGACUUUUAUUUAGGAUUUUAAUUCUGAAGCAUAUUUAAUUAGAACUGUACAAUGUGCCAUUCCACUUAUUACCACUAGAAUUUUAUGAAUUGACAACUGGCUAUUGUGGAUUAGUGGCCAGUACAGUAUACUAUACAAGUGGUGCUGACAGUGCCAGAAUGACAAACAUAAUGUAACACCCAGUUGUCAAAUCAGAUGGUGAGGAGUUAAAACAAAUGGCUCACAUUCUACAGACUGGUUGUCAUUGGUUAUCUAUGAAUAUGGGACAUGUUGACAAGUCCUCUUAAUGCAGAAUCAUUGGUUUUCCAGAUAUAUCAGUAUGGUAAAUUAUGCAAGUCCUUAUUGGGUUCAAAUUUAUGGAUUCUUUAAUGAUAUAGAUGACUGCAUUUUUCUUCAAGCCACUCCUAAGACAAAUUGCUUUAGAGAACAAUUGCUGGGGAAACUUUAUUUAAAGCAUUUCCUUCCAAAGCAGUCUGCAAGAGAAGGGACAACCUCUUGUACUGCUAUAUAACAUAAAGGGGUUGUCUGAUCAAUGCUGUUCAAGACUCCCUCCAUCCCAGCAAUGUUUAAUCCUUACAGCUGGACUUUGAGUGGUGGUGUCCAUAUACUGCACACUACUGCUACAGCCAGUUGCUGGCCUCAGUUGUCUUGUGCUUUAUUAUUUAGACGCCAGUGAUUGGCUGCAGCAGUCUUGUGUGUUGCAUGGAAUAUCACUGCUGCAGUCAGACUUUUUCUGACGGGGGGGGGGGGUGUCAGAAUGAGUUGCCAUAACUUGACAUCCUCUAAGGCACUUCGAUAAGGUCUCUGUAAAAAGGUGCAGUAUAAGGCUACAUGCAUACAACCGUAUGUGUUUUGCAGUCCGCAAAUUGCAGCUCUGAAAAAAGACAUCUGUAUGCCAUCCUUAUUUUUUAUUUUUUUUUGCAGAUACAUUGUAACAAUGCCUAUUCUCUGCGACUAGGACAUGUUCUUUUUAUUUAAUUUUGAGGCUACAUAACAGACAUGCUGAUGUGGACAGCAUGCUGUGUUUUUUUUUUUUGCGCACCCAUUGAAUGUCUGCACCCUAUCUGCAAAAAAGAGGAACACACUGAAACAAAAUGCGUUUGUGUGCAUGAGGCCUUAAGUCGUCGUCUCGACCGAGGUUGAAGUCUAUGGAAACUACUCUGCUUGCUCUACUACAUGUUUAAUGUAAGCUGUAGUCACUGGAAAGGACUCUUCUGGCUGCACAAGUAGACAUGGACCAUUUAAUGUAGAGAAAAUCAUAGCUUUUAAUCUAACUUGAACCAUUCUUUGAUUUGUAUAAUUUAGGACACGGCCACAUCGACCAGGUUUUCGCCAAGGUUAACUCUGUCUCUUUAAAUUUCAGCAUCUUGGAAAAAAAUGUAAAGCCUCAACAAUGAUGUCUCAGGAGUAGGCAAUUGGUCUUAAUAGUUGCAGCCCAUAAAUGAGUGUUGGUCUGGUGUUGUCUGUUUAUAGCUGCAAGAUGACUAAAUUAACAACUUUCAAGGCAGGUCCAUGCUUGGGAUAGAAGUAUCAAACAUUUGAGAUAUAAGAUUAAGUAUAGGUACUUGGUGACAAACUGUACUUGUACCACUUGUAUAAAUGACAUGACUAAACCCCAAUUUUAUAUUCCAUAGUUGGUAUUAAUAAGGAUGCAACCUGGGAGUUGUCCCCAUCUUUAGGACACUACACAAUUGCUGCUGAAGGGAAAGCUAAGUGAUGGCAUUUCUCAAGAUGCUAUGUCUUAAAUGCUGGGAAUAUAGUAGUUGACCACUUCUACAGUUCUUGAGACCACAGAUUCCAUAGUUUGUCUAUUUGUGUGUGGCCUUCACACACUUCACCUACUCCUUGCCAUGUGUUCACUGAGGUAUUCUAAAACUAGACCAAUGGCAAAAGCAGGAUGCUGAUUACCAGACUAGAUGUAGUUUUCUUAUGCGGGGGUUUUAAGUUCAUUAUGCCAAUACUUUUUUUUUUCACAAUCCCUAUAGUGUACGUUUGGGGUAUAACUACUGCAACCCCUUUCCUCCAUAGAUUAGUCCAUGUUUAGGAACCUGAUUUUAGAUGUGCUGAGCACUUAGUAAUCCAAGGUGACUCUGCAUUGAUAAAUAUUUUGACCUCAUCAUGCUUAUAAGAUGGCCAGUAACCAAAGGUUUAACUGUCACUCCUGAGACGUAUGACUUUAUAUGAAGCAGAUGCCAUCCAUAAACCUACUAGCUGGCAAACUACUAAUGUCCUUUAGAAAAGUAUUGUAUGUACUUGAUGUAAAGACAGUUUUCAUAACUGGUUAAAAUCAGGCAGUUGACUAACACUUCCUGUUGUCUUCUGAAUGUAAUCCUGGCAAAGAUGAGUACUUCAGCUGUGUGAUCUUGGCAGCCAGAGUCAUGGGAACGCAUUUACAUGUUCUUGCUGGAGUUUUGGCUGCUUCAAUUGCACUUACAGUCUUAGUGACCGUCUGUAGCAAGCAGUUCUGCGUAACUUUGAGGAACAUAGUGCUACCAAAGGACUGUAGGAUCCCGGAUGUAGUAGUGCCGCUUCAAGAUGCUCAGUGCUGAUCGUGCUCAGGUAGGUACAUAAGUAAUCCUCUACCUUGGUCAAAUACUGUGUAAAGAUGCCCUUCUGAAAUAACACUUCUGUUGAAUGAAACAGUGCAGCACUUGGGGGUGGGGGGUUUUGUAAUCUCAAACUACGACGAAGUAUCAAAGCGGACAUUUACUUACAUGAUUUCACUGCUACAGUACCUGGCAGGAGUCUGUUUGGGUGGGUAUUUGUAUUCCUGUGUAACAGUAGAUGAGGUUUCUGUUUAAUGGACAUUGGGUGGAAUCUCUCACAAUGCAAAGUUUACUUCGGCCAUGUGUAUGGUGGUCAAGUCGUCAUUUUCAGUGAACUGCUACAUUACUUUCAAAGAAUGUUGUACCAGGCAACUGUUAGAAAGUACUUGGAAAAACCUUUUUAGCAUUCUUUAGCUGUAAGAACCUUUUUAGUUUUCUAUAUACUGGAACGCCUUCAUGAAUUUUAUCUGGUGCUUAUCAGUGUGCGGUUUUACUAUCGUCUUGGUCCAUAUUUGAACCACACUUUCACACGGACCUAUUCAUUUCUAUAGGGCUGCAAAAAAAAUGGACAACGCAUGGAUGUUAUCUGUAUGCUGUCCCCAGCCGUUCUGCAUAUUGUAGAUCGUGUCCUAUUGUCUGUGGACAAUAGCCAUUUCUGAGUACCAUGGCUGGUAGGGUAUCAAUGUGCAUGUAGCCAUACACCAAGUCUAGUAUUGGCAAAACAUAUUUCUACCUACACCCACCCCCCGCCAGAAAUGGUGCAACUCCUGGUAUUGCAGCUCUUCCAAAUGAUCCAUGGCCAGGAUUUUACCUGUUCUUUGAAAACCACCUUAAGCCUUUCUGUCCAAAGUUGGUCACAAGGGCCAAGAGCACAAACUAAUUUGUGUACUGAAAUUGCCUUUUAAAUCCCUAAACUGUGCUUAGACUCUAAAGUAUUAGACUUGGUGCACAUCACAUCAACUUGGUGUUUUUUCUGGUGUUGCAAAGCAGGUAUAACUAGGCAGGCUGAAAUUUGGAUUUUGUCAAACUAUUUAAAAACGUUGUGUACCAGUAGCUUUUAAAGAGACCAUAAGGCAGGACACUAAUUGCUUCAGUAAGGAAAUGAUGACUACUUCAGGUAUGCAGCAAGAUUUGCAGUGAGGGCUAUUGUCAAUAACAAAGCCAAAUCUUAACUAAACCAUUAAAGGGUAUACUUUUAAAGCACCAUUUAGUUUUUAUAUAUAUAUAUAUAGAAAUAACUGUUUACAAUGACCAUUUUAAGAUUAAUUGUUGUGCUUUCCACACACUGACAAUGGUACAAAUAGACUAAUAAUGAAAAUGCCUUAUUCUCCCUCUAGCAGCUCACUCUGCCCUUAGACUUCUGAGCAGAAUCUGAUUCUACAGUGAGCUGUCUGGCCUCAACUGAUUUGGCAUAACAUUUUGGCUUGAGUGGGGAGAAACUAAUUAUUUAUGUAAAUUGCCAUGAUCCAGCAUUUCUGCCAUGUACUCUACAGAUGCAUUUAUUCACUAUUUGGGCAUUUUCAGAUAUACCAGAGUUGGGUAUAUAUUUAAUACAUUUGCUGCAAAGUAGAAUACCUAAACAAGAUUUUUGAGAACAUAUUCAUGUGCACCAGAUUCCACCCCUAGCAGUGUAAUGACUAGCAACAAAUCUGCAAAAUCAACAGCUUGUUACUGCAUCUGAACUUGCCUUAAUGCUAGAUAUUUUAAACAUUCCUACUGGGUUAGCAACAUUUCAGUUGGAUAGUUGACAUUUUCUGGGAUGAAGAGCUUGAUGUCCCUCAGUACCAGAGAAUGGCCCCUGCAGUUUACAGGCUCUCCAAUGUUUACUUCCUUGAACAGAGGCUGCCACUAACGGCUAAUAGGAUAGUGUCAUCCCCCACCAAUCUUAUUCUAUGGAUAGGUCAUUAUCUUGGUCAGGGAAAACCCCAUUGAAUCUGUCAUGGGCAAAUUUCAGCUCUGAAACCUGCAGACUUCUUAAUGCUGCUCUGGUUACUAGCUUGUAAUCCCAUAUCAAUACUAAAUAUAUAAUGUACAUCUUUUUGACCAAUUCAUUAUCUAAAUUGCAUAGUUCAUGAGUGCACUGUGUACAUCAUGGCAUUGUGGAUAAUGGAGCAGGACAGUAUAUACUGCACAUCUUAAAUGCAUAAGCAAAUAAGGGCUUAGGGACUGAAUUCAAACAUUACUUGAUGGAAUGCAGUGUUCAAUAUACCUCAUAUAGUCUCAUGACACUGGUCAUUGCCAGACUCCACUUUAAUUCCCAGGAUCUUACAGCGCAAACCCUGAUCUUGUAACCAUGCUUGUGUAUGAGGGUCUACUUUUGGUGUGGUGAUGAGCUAUCGGUAUGCAGCUUUCGUCAUGUCAAUACUGUGAACUUUUAUGAGCCAGUACUGGCUUUCCUUGAGGAGAAUCUUUAGAUAUUUGACUGGGUCAUGCUUUAACUUCAGCAGUCUAAAAGAGCGGUGUUUGUAAUACUGCUCACGUAAUUCCGCGUGCACUGUUGUACAGGUGAAAAGCUUCUCUGUGCACAGUGACCAGAUGUGAAGUGGGUUCUAUAAGUAAACUUGAUAAAGUGCUGCACUGUGUUUUCACUAUUGAUGAGAAUUCCUUCAAAAACAAAUCAGAAGUGUUAUGUCAGAAACAGAUGCUGCUUAAAGGUGCAGUCUUUAACUAAAAUUUUAGUUUGUCUUUAAUGAUCUGCACCUUUUUAAGUAGCUAAUGAAUUGGGGAUAUAAUGGGGGUUUGGGCUCGUGUCUCAUUGAAGUAACUUGGUUGAGGCAGGAAAUUCUGUGGACUAAUGGGCAUUUCACUCAGUCUGUAUCUCCCUUAUUACAUUCCAUGCAGAUACAUAAGCUGCAUUGUGCUGGAAAUGCAUAACUUGGACUGAACUGCAUCACCAGCUCAGUUUGUACUGCUGACAUAUAUAAUGAAUGGAUUAAUACAUAUUGGAUAAAAAUGUACAUCUUGAAAAUGAAUACCAAUAACCGACCACUGGUCUGUGCUGAGUAAAUUUUCCUCAGUCAGUCCCAUUCAGUCACUCAGUACUUUGUUCAGUUUUUUUUUUUUAAAUCCAGUCAGCUGGUAGAUUUUGCCUUAUAUUGCCCUGUGACUGUUGCUUGACACCUAAAGGAGUUGUUCACUGUAAGUUUACUUUAACCAAUGUGUAGAAAACUGCUUAUGGUGUCCUUCCUUACCUUUUUAAACUUUGCUGGAGAUCUUGAGUGUUGUAAAGUGACUAGUUUUGAACAAACACCAUUAAUUUCCAUUACUGAUUGUGAGUCCAAAACCGGGAGUGGGUCAAAUACAUGUCCAAUUAUACCUUCUGUUGCUCCUCCUGUCUUCCCCAUACACAUGAAAACUUGACUGUGUGGGUCUAUGCUAAUGGGGAUCAGAGAGCCACUGCUAGACAGUUGUAACUGUGGCUCUGCUCUAGUGUAGAGUAGAGCCCAAUGGGCGCUUGGUGAAUGGGAUUUGGCAGUCCACAGUAGUAUCCAGAUAUGAACUACAGCAGUCUGUUCCUCUGCUGGAACAGACUGCCAGAGUUAAAAGCACAUAUGUGAACCCAGCCUUGACCAUCUACCGUCAUGGUCUUUUUUUUAGGCCCCAAAGUUUAGUUCAGUAAUUCAACUAUUACAGUGCAGUAGUCUCUCUAAAUGCUGCCAGUGCCAUAGACGCAGCAUAAUGUUCUGGCAUACAGGAGUAUGAGAAUAAAUCGGUACAAAAUAUGAAUUUGUGAAAUAGUGAUUCUUUAAUGGGAUUUAAAAAGUUACUAAAAUAUUACAUUUUAUAUGAAAUUUUCUUAGGCAUACAAGCAAAAAACAUGCCAGGUAUCCACAACCGUAACCUGAAAUUAUAUGGGUUGUGUGACAUCUGUACUGUAAAAUUGCUUUUCUAUAUGUGCAAUGCAAAUUUUUAUGUACCCUCAAACAGUAUUAAAAAAAAAACAAAAAAUAAAUUCGACCACAUGAGACUAAGAGCCCACUCAGACAGCUGUAGUGCUUUGCGGAUCUGUAUAACAGAUACCAGCCAUUUGCAGACUGCACAUAGCCACAUCAUAAAAGAUGCCUGUCUGUGGACAAGAAUGGUAAAAGCUCUUUUCUGCGGAUGCAGACAGCACUGUGCUUUCUGCAUAGUUUGGGGUCCCAUUGAAAUGAAUGGGUCCGCAACCGUUGCACAAAAUUGUUAAUGUAUGCACACAUUCAUACAGGUCAGGGCAGUAUCUAGAUUUUUAGGCUACAGGGCACCCAGUUCAAAGUGUGCAAGCUGCUGACUAGCUAAUAGGCAACUAAGGAAGCCACAGUGCCGCCACAAUGAAUGCUGCAUGUUAAUAGAAUGAGCAGAAAGCUGACCGACAUAAGGCAGCAAGUGCAGGGUAUGAACCGCUGCAGAUAAGUCAGAAAAAACGGCAACAUUGUUACAGUAAUCUACCACAAGAAAUAGAUUAAAAAAAUCUUUAGGCAGCAUUGAAAGAAAUGGCAAUGACACAAGAAAAGUAGCAGUAUCUAUAUAGAUGUGUAACUCAAGCAGUUAGCUACUAGAGAGCAAUUGCAACAAACAUACUGCCACUGUAACAAUAGUGCCAAACUGGAAGAAAUAAAUAUUAGAACUGCACACACUGGGGUUCUGUAGAUAGUUUUAAUGUAGUAGGUUAGGCAUCAUAGUAAAUAUUUUUAUCUAUUAAGUAAGCAAUAAUAAAAGUUACAUUUUAAACUAAAAAUAAAAAAUAUAAUAUGCACCUGUCAAGAGUAGGCAACCAGUAGUCUAUGACUAAAUGUAAGUAUAAUAAAAGUGCCUCUACAGUGCAGGGUAUAUAUGAAUGGAAUAUCACAGCAAUGUCAAUAAAACUAGUUUUGCUCUUUAACCCCUAAACUGAAAAUUCUGUGCAUGUACAGUGGGAUGCUGUGUCAGAACACAUUCUACUGUACAUGCACGGCAGGCUGAUCACCAGGUGCAGGGGCUGCGCCCACCUAAUUACUGCAGGGGUCUGGUAGCUGGGCCCCUGCUGUAUCUGCCAGCAGAUUUAACCCCUUCUAUGCCGCUGUCAGCGCUGACCACAACAUAGAAGUGGUUUGUGGCAGGUGAAGGAGCACAUUGGGGACCCUGUGACAAGGCAGCCUUAUGCCAUGCAGAGGCUUCUCAAUACCUUGCAUGGCAUGUGGAUCACGGCAUCUGACAUCUGGCUCUAUAAAGAUCACAUACAUGAUCCACCCCUGUCCAAUAGACACCCUAAAAAAAACCUCAAGGCUAUGUUUGUCACCUUACAUCACUAAGUGUAACACCAAGCAAUCAAAAAGGCAUAUGCCCCAAAAUAGUAUGUCACCUCAUCCUGCAAAAGAGUCCCCAUGUAAGACAAUCGCCCCAAAAAAACACAACUGGCUCAGACUUUUGAGACACCAAAACCUUUUUUUGUUUAAAAAAAUAUUGUGUAAAACAUAAAUAAGUGUACAUAUUGGGUAUUGCCACUUCUGUAACGACCUGCUUUAUAAAACUCACAUUACCUCUAACUUCUCAGGUGAACACUGUAAAAAAAAGUCUGCCUUUUUGUCACCUUGCAUCAAAGUAAUACCAAGUGAUCAGUCAUAUGCACCCUAAAAUAGUACCAUCAAACGUCAUCUCAUACCAAACAAAAAAUGAGCACUUGCAUGCGUCGCCCAAAAAACUAUGGCUUUCAGAACAUGACACUAAUCUUUUCAAAGAUGCUUUAUGUGAAACUGAAACAACCCAAAAAAGUAGUCCUAUUUGGUAUUGUCGCGUCCAUAACAAUCUGCUCUAUAAAAAUAGAUCAUGAUCUAACCUGUCAGAUGACAGUUGUAAAGAACAACAAGUUUGAAAACUUUUUUUUUUUUUUUUUUUUACCCUUGCCUCACAAAGAAAUAUAGA